AUGGUUGAACGACCGCCCUCCGCCACCACUUCCCGGGCUUCUAUGACUGGUAGACGAGAUUUCGGUAUGAAGUUCAUAGCUCCGAUUGAUGACUUCCCUCAACAACAGCAACAUCAGCAACAACAAAACAUGGGACAUUCGGAGAACGGGGCGCAUCCCGAGAACGUGGGAAACGCCGAGAAUGUGUACUACGUACAGAUGCCGGAGCCAGCGCUGGAGCCGGAAAUAGUGCCCCGGGAACCAAUAGCGACGACGUACGAACCUCCUACGUAUUGGGACCGAUAUAUGGAAGCUGGAGGUCUGAAGCACGGGGAUGAUGAGGACGACAAAGACGAAGGAUGUCACCCCUUCUGGAUGGGUUGGGUAGACAUAUUUAAAGGAAUGGGACUCAUUCUUAUCGGUUGUCUUAAAAUCCCUUUUGUGUUCGGGCACGGCGUGGCGAAGACGUUCCAUUACAUACCGACACUAUAUCACGACGAUACUGUUCGGAAAUGGCCCAGGAUCACCGGUUUUCCAUCAGCAUGCGCCGCGAGUUUUAUGGUCGCAUGGUUUGGUAUUCUCGAUGGUAUGACCGACUGGUUUGUGUUGCCUUAUAAGUGCGCCAGGAAGGAUGGUUUCGUAGGAUUCUUCAAGGGGUUCGCUAGGGGAAUGGGCAGUAUUCUAUUCAAAAUACCUGCAGGUAUUUUUGGGUUUGUUACUCACCCUUUUUUUGGUAUAUACAAAGAGGUGGCGAAAUUCAAACUGGACAUCAAACGUGAGCGGAAGCCUCGCAAAGAUGUGGCGUCGCUUAUAUGAUGUUAGGACCGACUUAGCCUAACCGUCGACACUACCGUCGACACUAACCAACUGUGUCUUUUGAGAAUGACACCGGUUGUUGCCGAGCGAAAUAACCUGAUGGGAGGAGGAUGAAUUGUUAUGAGCGAGGGUGUCGGGGUUGUGAAUGGAUAGGCGUUUUCCUUGGUGUUGGGCCUGCGAAUUUUCAUCGGGCAUCCUUGGUGGCAUCUGAGGCCAGACUUUCCAUCUUUCCUUGCUAAACACCAUGUCGGCUCAUAAUGCUAGAUCGACGAAUGAGUUGUCUAGCUAUAGUGGCAUCAUUCCUGCGCCGCAUGCAUGACUGAAGUAUUUGGAUUAUAGUGUAGCAUUCGAUCAUGAUUGAGAUACCCUAAAAGACUUUCCUUCAACUUAUCUAUAAUGCGGCUUCAUUGUAUACGGUUAGUUUCGUGCAAGAUAGAAAUAGUGACGGG